UACGAUGACUACGGUGCGCGCUGUACCCUCGGAUAAGAUAAAUCUACGCCUCAUCCUCGUCAGUGGCAAGACAAAAGAGUUCCUAUUCAGUCCAAGCGAUUCCGCGGGCGAUAUAGCACACCAUGUGUUUGAAAAUUGGCCGGAAGACUGGGCAGAGGAGGCGGUCGCCAAGGCGGAGAUCCUGCGGCUAAUCUACCAGGGUCGUUUCCUGCACAGCAAUGUCACGCUUGGUGCUCUUGGGCUUCCCUUCGGAAAAACCACGGUGAUGCAUCUGGUGCCGCGAGAGAAUCUUCCGGAGCCUAAUUCUCAAGAUCAGAGACAAAAAAGUAAAGGCGGCGGGAGUAGUUGCUGCUCGGCUUCCUGCUGCAUACUCUAAGUCGUCCCCUGUGACCGUCGCCGAUGUCGGUGGUGGAUCUCGUGGUGGAUGGGCGUGCGGCAUGGGCUGCUGCCACAGCGCUGAGCCAUGAUUUCUAAGAUUUCGUGCUGAUGUAUAAUCGUUAGUGGCUGAGCUCGUGAGCAGUGUAGCACGAGAAACGGAUUGUCGGAUGAAAGAGGGUCUCGCUCGCGCGAUAUCCACUACCGCCGACUACCAUCGAGGAGCGAUGCGCGUUGCAAUGAUGCGUUCCCCGGUGAAUGAAUCCCCCACAUCGUUGGGCCGGUCGCUUAUUUCGGUUCGUUUGGCAGGCGGUAAUGCGUGUUCGAUCAAUACACUCACGAGGGAAAUCUGCUCCAGAACAAGAAAAAGAAGAAGAAGAGCGUAUUUCGUUACGGAGAAGUCGGAUCAUUGUCGACACGUCGAUUAGCUUGCGAAGAGAUCGAAUUACGCCGAUAACGAUGGUCGGCUAACUUCGAGCUAAGUAACGAGCAAAGUUAGUUACUUUGGACGCUAUGGCUCAUGUUGUGA